AUGUCCCGACGCACACCCAAAGAUCUUAUAUCCGACACGAAUCGUGCUGUGAAGAUUCUCGAAGCUUUCACAGAUCCGAACAAGGCACAAGAUGUACGCAUGCUGAUUCCUGCCAAUGUUCUUGCCAACGCACAUGGCAUCGUUUUCAUAAGGCUGGUUCGCAUCGGUCUGCUCGUCUCGGCCAAAAGCGGCACUGGUAUUAUCAUUGCAAGGUUACCUGACGGAUCUUGGUCAGCCCCUUCCGGGGUUUCUAUGACUUCAUUAGGCUUUGGUCAUUUAGCGGGAGGCGAAGUGAUUGAUUCCAUCAUUGUCAUGAAUUACAGAGCGGCUGUCAAAGCAUUCUUUGAUGGAGGUGGACAGCUGCAACUCGGGGCCGGCGUUUCAUUAGCCGCAGGACCUCUCGGUCGGUCCAUGGAUGUCGCCGCAGCGGCCUCCAAUGCGAACCAUAUUGCCGCUACGUAUGCGUACAGCAUGUCGAAAGGCUUAUAUUUUGGUUACUCAUUUGAAGGAUCCAAGAUAUCUGAAAGGGUAAAUACCAACGCAGCUUACUAUGGCCGACCCAUCUCAGCACGUGAAAUCUUAAAUGGCGGUGUACCCCCAUCGCCACACGCUCAAAGAUUAUAUCAAAUACUGGCAUCACUCGGCGCAGGUCCAAGACCAGGACAGAUGUUUCGAGCCGCCACGGUUGGAUCUUCCAUGCAAAAACCGUCAUCGCAGUUACAAUCUCGCCCAUCACUUAUGUCUGGUCAUUCGGAGCCCGCGAUGGGAUAUGCUGGGUCACCCUCUUUUCAACAACCUUCUCCGUCAAUGCCCGCCAAACCUCAGUAUCCUCCGCGACCACAGCGACCGGCAGGGUCUACUGAACCUGUCUACAGCGAUCCUCCUCCUUCCUAUGAAGCAACCAUGUCUUCAAAUGGCCUAAAGAACGGUGGUGCUUCUUCCCCAUCCGUCACAUCUGGCAAAGCACCUCCCAAUGCAGUCCAGUCACAGCCGCCUUUGGAUGGUCCAUCCUCUUCGUCCAAUGGUGCAGGCCCAAUGCAAGACCCAGCGAUGGCGUCGCUCGUAGUGGCUAAAUUCAAUUACAACAGUCAAGACCCAAGGGAUUUAACUUUCCAGGCUGGCGAUCAUAUUAUCGUUUUACGAAGAAACGAGAACCGGGAAAGCUGGUGGGAAGGUGAAAUUGGAACAAAGAAAGGACUGUUUCCUGCCAAUUAUACGGAAGACGUUAGGGAUGAUUGA